AUGGAACUAAAUUUGAAGCUUAGUACUGAAGCUGGAGAAAUAUUGUCUGAUGCUUCCUAUUACAGACGGUUCAUUGGUAAACUGGUUUAUCUGACAGUUACAAGACCAGAUAUUUGUUUUGCUGUAAACAAGUUAAGUCAGUAUCUUCAAACACCUCGGAAGCCUCACCUGGAUGUUGCUUAUCGUAUUCUUGCAUAUUUGAAGAAUGAUCCAGGACAAGGCUUGUUUUACUCGGCCAACUCUACUCUAUCACUUCGUGCUUUUGCAGACGCAAAUUGGGGAAACUGUCCAGAAACGAGCAGAUCCAUCUCUGGCAUUUGUGUUUUUCUAGGCGACUCAUUAAUAUCAUGGAGAUCAAAGAAGCAAGAUGUCGUCAGUCAAAGCUCUGCUGAAGCUGAAUAUCGAAGCAUGGCCAAAGCUACUUGUGAAUUGCUAUGGAUAAACUCACUACUUGAAGAUCUGCAGGUUCGUCUGAUUGAUCCUAUUGUGAUGUACUGUGAUAAUGAAGCUGCACUACAUAUUGCGAAAAACUCUGUUUUCCAUGAACGCACCAAACACAUUGAACGUGACUGUCAUGUGGUUCGGGAAAGAGUCGCUUCUGGUUUUAUGAAGGUACUUCACAUAGGCACAGAACAUCAACUUGCAGACAUGCUCACAAAGGCGCUAACUGAGAAGCAAUUCCUUUAUCUAUUGUCCAAGAUGGGACUACAUCACCUGUACUUGCCAUCUUGA